AUGCGUCACAUAAUGAUUUUAUCUGCUCGUAUUCUCUCCUUGAGUUUUAGUUUUGUCGGGCUCAUUGCCAGUCUGUUUAUUGCAGUGGUCAGUUGUAAGACUUGGAUGAAAAACCAUAGAAUCUCCAGUUUCGACAGGCUCCUGUUUAGCUUGGGCAUCAACCGGUUUCUGAUGCUGGGAUUGUUUUUUCUGAAUGUUAUUUGCUCCUUCAUUUUCCCAAAGGAUGUAAGGCCAGUGCCUGUAACCAUUUUUACCUUGUUGUGUUGGAUGUUUUUGGACUCUAAUAGCCUCUGGUUUGUAACUUUGCUCAACGCCUUGUACUGUGUGAAGAUCACUAACUUCCAACACUCAGUGUUUCUGCUGUUGAAAUGAAAUCUCUCCGCAAAGGUCCCCCAGCUGCUGCUGGCCUGUGUGCUGAUUUCUGCUAUUACCACGCUCCUGUAUCUUGUGUUCUUACAGACAUCACCCCAUCGUCCCCAUGAAUCGAUGGCUGGGAGAAAUGGCACGGAGCUUCAUAUCGAUGCAGACGUCUUGUUUUUCGUGACCUCUUUAAUGUUGAGUUCAUUUCUGCAGUUCAUCAUCAAUGUGACGUCUGCGUCCCUGUUAAUCAAUUCCUUGAGGAGACAUGUACAGACGCUGCAGAGAAGCACCACUGCUUUUUGGAAUCCCCAGACUGCAGCUCAUGUGGGUGCUAUGAAGCUGAUGAUCUAUUUCCUGGUGCUCUACAUCCCCUAUUCCGUCGCGACCCUCUUCCUUCAUCUGCCUUCUCUAGGAGGGGGGCUGGAGGCCAGAUCCCUUUGUAUGAUUAUCUCCACCCUUUACCACCCAGGACAUUCUGUCCUCAUUAUUCUCACCCAUCCUAAACUGAAAACAAAAGCAAAGAAGAUUCUUUGUUUCAACAAAUAGUGAAAUUUCAAUAUCCAGUGGUGCUGGAGUCACCACAUAGUU